AUGACGACGGCUGUAUUCAGAUACAUCGACACGUCCGCCAUCCCGCCGGGCACGCGGCCGUGGGUCAAGGUUGAUGCCGACGCUUCCUCGUUCAAGCUCAGCGAGCACAAGCACGCCGUGGACAACCUGCGAGGGCGCGAGGGCGAGUUCACCAUCGACAACUCCGGCUUCGCCGUCUUCCGCGAGCCGUCGAGCGAGACCGCCUUUACCGACGACGCCGCCAUACGCGGCACCUACUACCGCGAGGUCGAAGCGCUGCUGAGGAAGCGCGUGCCGGGCGUUAAGAAGGUCGUCAUCUUCGACCACACCAUCCGCCGGCGUAUACCCGGCGCCGCCCGGGCCCCCGUCCAGCAGGUCCACGUCGACCAGACGCCGCGCGCGGCCGAGGUGCGCGUGCGGCGCCACCUGCCUGCCGAAGAAGCCGAGGAGCUCCUCAAGGGGCGCUUCCAGAUUAUCAACGUGUGGCGCCCCAUCGGACACCCGGCGAGCGACUUCCCGCUGGCCGUGGUCGACUGGCGCACGACGAAACCGGACGACUUCGUGCCUGUCGACCUGCUGUACCCCAAGCGCGAGGACUUCGCCGUCGACAGCGACGACCGCGGCAAGGAGGUGCUCCCGGACGAGUCUCUGCGGUACUCGACCGAGGGCUACGAGGUCCGCGGCGAGACCAUGUCCGUCGCUCCCAGCGACGCCUACAAGUACUACUACCAGAAGGACAUGACCCCCGACGAGGUGCUCCUGCUCAAGUGCUACGACUCGUGGGGAGAUGGGGAGCCUCAAGGGAAGAAGGGGAUCGCUCUGAGGACGCCGCAUACGGCUUUUGUGGAUCCCCAGACUCCGGCGGACGCGCCAGGACGCCAGAGCAUAGAAAUCAGGUGCCUCGUGUUCUUCAAAUAG